AUGGGAGCAUACACCAAGAUCUUCAUGCAGUUCAAUGAGACCUUUUGGCCAGAAGAUACACACUACUUUCUCUAUGCGGACCCAGAGCAACACGGAUACUACCCCUUAUUUCAAUCCUUGAGCAUGCCCCAUUUUUUCCCAGGAUCAAACAUCCUCAUUGGUACUGUGACGGGACAGGAGGCUUAUGAGGUUGAGCGUCAGUCUGAUGAAAAGACUAAGGAAGAGAUCAUGAAGGUGCUGCGUCUCAUGUUUCCGGAUAAAGAUAUCCCUGAACCCAUAGACUUCAUGUACCCCCGCUGGACCAUGGAAAAGUGGUCAUACGGGUCAUACAGCAACUGGCCCGUGGGGAUGACUCUUGAGAAGCAUCAGAAUCUCCGGGCAAACAUUGGUCGGUUGUGGUUUGCUGGAGAGGCGAAUUCAGCAGAGUUUUUUGGAUAUCUACAUGGCGCUUACUUCGAGGGCCAAGAUAUUGGAGAGCGAAUUGUAAGAAUUCUAAAAGACGAGGAAACAGAACAGUCGCAACAGAUGAAGAGAUACAAGACACUGCGUGGUACCACAGAGCCAGAGGAACAUGAUGCGGCUAAUGGAUGGUUGAUUCCUCUGGAGGAUUAG